AUGUCAGAAAAGAAAAAAGACGGGGAUUACAUUUCAGCCAUACUGGAGAAUGUCACAGGCAAUAGCUGUCUCGUGCUUGACCCACCACACGACACAACGCUGGAAAUAAACGAGCUAGGUAUGUCAAAAGAAAUGGCGAACUGUCACAGGGUGCGAGACAAGGGCCACAUCAUCGUCAGGGGAAAGCGAAGACGGGAGUGCAUCUUUACUGUGCGUGUUUUUAACUCGAAGGUGGAAAAGACGAUCUAUCUCAGCAAGCAUGCGCGUAACAACUUGCGGGUGAGGAUUCAAGAUGUCGUUAAACUGUACCCCUGUUCGUCGCUGACCAGGGUAAACCAUGCCUUGAUAAAGCCUAUUUCAGAUACCAAGAAAAAUUUUUCGGAUAAGGCUAUUUUUGACACCUUUAUAAAACCGUACUUUGAAAAGCCGCUCGUACCUAUCAGUAAGGGAGACAUAAUCCCAGUAACGUGUGGAAUGGUGACCGUAGAUUUUAAGGUGCUCGAGCUCUCGAGCCAGGAUGGUACAAACGAUUUGAAGUACGGGCUGAUCACGGUGGAAACCAGGAUAUCAUCUGAGGGAGACGUGGACAGAGAGGCAGCCGAGGCCGACUUUAAGAGCAUAGGCUACGAUGAUGUGGGUGGCUGCAGAAGGCAAAUGGCACAGGUAAGAGAGCUCAUUGAGUUACCGCUGCGUCACCCGUCCUUGUACACAAGCCUGGGAAUCAACCCGCCACGAGGUAUUCUUCUUUUCGGUCCUCCAGGUACUGGAAAAACGCUGAUAGCACGUGCUAUUGCCAAUGAAACCGGUGCGUUUCUGUAUGUGGUGAACGGACCGGAGAUCAUGAGUAAGAUGUCCGGUGAAAGCGAGAGUAAUUUACGUAAUGUGUUCAAAGAGGCUGAGAAGAAUGCUCCUUCAAUCAUUUUCAUCGAUGAGAUCGAUUCAAUAGCGCCCAAGAGAGAGAAGAGCCACGGCGAGGUGGAAAGACGCAUUGUAUCGCAGUUGCUUACGCUCAUGGAUGGAAUCAAGAAGGCGACAAAUGUCAUUGUUCUGGGAGCAACCAACAGGCCGAACAGUAUUGAUCCUGCGCUGAGACGGUACGGCCGGUUUGGAAGGGAAAUUGAGAUUGGUAUUCCUGACAAGAUAGGCCGAUUGGAAAUCCUUCGCAUUCAUACUCGUAAUAUGAGCCUGGCAGAGGAUGUAGACCUGGAAAAGGUCGCAAAUGAGACACACGGUUUUGUAGGUUCCGACAUUGCAUCCCUAUGUUCAGAGGCGGCAAUGCAGCAGAUAAGGCGAAAGAUGCCAAAAAUUGAUAUUGAGUCGGAUAAAGUCGAUGCUGAGAUUCUGUCGUCGCUGAAGGUAACAACGGAAGACUUUACGUAUGCUGUUGAUAACACAGAUCCUAGCUCGUUGCGCGAGACGGUCGUUGAAACGCCCAAUAUCCAAUGGGAAGAUAUCGGUGGUUUGCAGGCGGUUAAGGAUGAACUAAGGGAAACUGUAUCGUAUCCGAUAAAAUUCUCUGAGAAAUACGUGCAGUUGGGAAUGGCGCCAUCUCGUGGUAUCCUGUUCUAUGGACCACCCGGAUGUGGUAAGACAUUGCUCGCCAAGGCAGUGGCAAGUGAAUGCUCGGCCAAUUUCAUAUCGGUGAAGGGACCCGAGUUGCUGAACAUGUGGGUGGGUGAGAGCGAAGCAAAUGUAAGGGACAUCUUUGAUAAGGCGCGUAGCUCAGCACCAUGUGUGAUCUUCUUUGAUGAGCUGGACAGUAUAGCAAAGAGCAGGAGCAGCGGAUCAUCGGAUGCCGGCGUGACAGACAGAGUUUUGAAUCAAAUGCUCACCGAGAUGGAUGGCAUCUCCGCGAAGAAGAAUGUAUUCGUGAUAGGUGCGACAAAUCGACCAGAUCAGCUGGAUACCGCCCUUUUGAGACCGGGAAGACUUGAUCAGCUUAUUUUCAUACCUUUGCCUGAUCAGGAUAGCCGAAAUUCCAUCUUUAAGGCUACGUGUAGGAAGACCCCUCUUAACAGAGACGUGAACCUGAAAGCCGUUGCGGAGAUGACCAAAGGAUGUUCUGGUGCAGAUAUUGCAGAAAUCGUGCAGAGGGCACGUAAGUUUGCGCUCAAGGAGAGCAUACAGAGGGACAUGGACAAAAUGAAAAACAUUCGCAAAAAGAAUGGUGAUGUGGAUGAGGAAGACAUCGAACUUGAGAGCGAGCCACUCUUCGUUAGUUUGAGACAUUUCCAGGAGUCGUUAAAGAAUACACGCAGGAGUGUCACUCAGAAGGACAUGGAAAGAUACGAAUCGUUUGCAAGGAGUAUGAACAUAAAUCUCAACUUGAGCAACAACGAACGGCAGGAAAGGCCCGAGAACAACAACGUGGAGGAUUUAUAUAAUUAAACUGCCAAGUACCGCCUUUAUUUAUGAUGUUGAUCUGUUUGUGCGUAUCCUUUUAUGUUAUUUGCUAAUGAUUGGACAUGAUGUUGUUCUUCAGGCUCUACUUGUGCAAAUGUUUGGAAUAAAAGUAAACUUAGCAUGUCCCUUCUUCCCACAUAACAUGAUCUACGCAAUUGCCCUUCACUAUCAAACAAAAAGGUAAAUUUACCCAAUUUUGUAGACGAAGUAACACAAUCAACUGCUUUUACGGUUUAAAUAAGUGUGAUCCACAUUUCUACACGUAUCGCACAGAGUGGUAGGGAAUAACUCACGUUCGACCCGUGCCCGUUACAAAGAGCAUUCUACAACCAAUUGGACCAAAGAAUCGCUUUAAUUACGUGAAAUACAUCAAAACACUCUUUUUCUUGGCCAUAACCUCCUGUAUGCCAUCAAUCAUGUCGUUCUGCGUAAUUUCCUUGUGAUCCUUUCGCAGUGCUGCCAUUCCUGCCUCAACGCAUACCGCUUUACACUGUGCACCAUUAAAACCUUCUGUGCUGCGUGCCAGCUCAUCAAAAUUUA